AUGGCCCGUCUGUCACCUUCCUCGCUAGCAUGGCUGCUCCUCAGCGCCUCAGCACAAGCGUCUUAUGUUAUCGAAGGCCUCUCCUUCGGCCACAAGGGCGCCAUCUCACCAAAUGGUCGUGCCGUCCCUGGUUGGCACCUCUCCGGAGAGAACCACACUCCCCAACUACUCUCGGAUCGCAUCAUCCUUACUCCUCCAGCUCCCGGCGGUACACGAGGCGCCAUCUUUGCUGAUAACCCCAUUACCCAGCCCGAGUGGGUUGUCGAGACCGAGUUCCGUGCUUCGGGUCAAGAGCGUGGCAGUGGUAACCUGAACUUCUGGUUCGUCGACACUGGCCGUUCCGCCGUCGGUCAGAGCAGUAUAUACACCGUUGGCAAGUUUGAUGGUCUUGCACUCGUCGUCGACCAGUAUGGUCCCCGUGGAGGCUCUAUCCGUGGUUUCCUUAACGACGGCUCAGCCAACUUCAAGGACCACCACAACGUCGACAGCCUGGCUUUUGGUCACUGCGACUACGCAUACCGUAAUCUGGGCCGUCCCAGCAAGCUACGCAUCGAGAACGGUCCUCAUGGCCUCCGUGUCGAUAUCGACGGCACACCCUGCUUCCACAGCGAGAAGGUCAACCUUCCUCCGGGUUACUUCUUUGGUGUCUCUGCCGCUGCCUCCGAGAAUCCCGAUUCCUUUGAAGUCUACAAGUUUGCCGCAUCCACCACAACCUCCAUCGCCCGCGAGGAGCCCAACACUGAAGCCAAACGUCAACAUCUCGAGAAGCUCGACAAGUUCCCUGGUUCUCCCGAAUCUCUUCCCGAUGCCGAUGCUAGCACUAUCCUGGACCAGGUCCACCAGUUCGCCGAUCUUCACAACCGUCUCCAAGCAAUGAACCACCAGAUCGCAAACUUGUUUGGCGAGUUCGAGCGUGUGUCUCGCCAGAUGAACGACCACCACGCUGAAUUGAUGUCCAAGGUUGCUGGUACCAACGCUGGCGAUUCUAGUGACAAGUCGCAACAGCCUACUAGCGAUGCCCUGCUUCCCCUGAGCCGUCGUGUUGAGAACAUUGAGCGCAUUGUGCUCGCCGUCCAACGUGAUGUCGAAGGUAAGGACUACCGCGAGCACUUGACAAAUCUACAGCAGUCUAUUGAGGGUGUUCGUGGAGGCUUGACCGAGCAUCUCCCUGAGACCAUCUCUCAUAGUAAGUCUAUGCAAUGCCAUCUUUUCAAAUACAUGAUUCUAACGUUCUUCCUCNNAGUGAUCUCGACCGCAGCUCCUAAGAUGGGCAUGUUCAUAUUCGUUGUCAUUGCCUUCCAGGUCAUGCUCGCCGGUGCCUAUAUCAUAUACAAGAGACGCAGAGCAAAUGCUCCCAAGAAGUACUUGUGA